AUGAGUUUCAAGAAGAGCAAGCUCGACCUCCUCGUUCGCGUCCGCUAUUCCAACCCCCUUCCUGCACCGCCAUGUCCUCCCAAACUACUCGACAUCCCUACCGACCCCAUGCGCUAUGCGCGACCCGAAUUUUUGGACGACAUCGCGAGCGAUAUGCCACUCCCAAUGAUUGUGGACGGAGACCUCGGGAUGCCGCUUGACUUGUCGCAAUGGGAGUGUCUCUGGGGCGAGAACGGUGAUAUGUCAGAGGUUAACCCGGACCCGGAAGAUGUGCCACCAUUAGACCCGAAGGACCAAUUCUUGCUUGCAGACCCGGGAUCAUCGUCAGGCACAUUCAUGAACCACGGCUUCCCCAGCUCAGGCUCAGGCUCACUAACGCCAUCAUCCUCCAUGCCGCAAGUCGCAUGGCUCCGCAAAACCGAAUACAUCAGUCGCGAGGGCGUCUCGCGCUCCUCUCUGUCACAAGACAUCAAAAACACCAACGACACGCCCAUCGACGUGUCGCGCGGGGCGCAGAUCCGCGACAUCGAGGCGUCGUUUACAGCCACGGAGGAGUUCGACCUCGCCACGCUCAAGCACCCGAACAAACCGGACGUCACUGCUGUCGAGUCCUAUGAAGUCUUCCCCGAUGCAGAGAUAUGGGCAAAUGCGUACGACCUGUUCAGGUUCUCGGAACGGCCAGGGGAGCGGCCACCAGACGUCGACGAUCCACGUCUGGAUUGUGCGAUUCUGCGUCCUAUGGAAUCAGAUGGGGACCAUUUCCUCGCGUUCUAUCUUACAAAAGAGGACGAAGCGGCAAUCGAGUUCAAGCGGGAACGACUGGCACGCUCGCCAGACGCGCCAGAAGAAGAUGAGCCGACACCGUUCCACUUUGUGCGUGACUACGAGACGGUGAAGGUCGAGCAGGAGGUUCCCAACGAAUUCCUGCUCAUGUUAGAUGACGGUGACGCGAAAGAGGAAUACGCGGACGUGGAUACGAAACCAAAACAGCGGCGCGCGAAGGGUGCUUACUACAAGAACAUCGAGCGGAAGAUGCUGCUCAAGAAGAAACGUGUAAACUCGUAUGAAGCGUACCUUGACAAGUGGGACGUCGUUAAGGUGACACACGCACCAAUGAGCAAAGAAGAGCUUGAUGAGCGAGAAGACGCGCUCGCGGAAGUCAUGGACCCGAUGUACUUACUCUCGCGCGGCGACGCGGACGCGGAGGGCGAAGUGGAGGAUGACGGCGUCGCAGAGAUGAGCAGGCAUGCCCAUGGCGACGAAAACACCGACGCGGUGGAUGUAUUCGGCGAGGACUAA